AUGUCUAGCGACCUAGAUAUACAUUUCCCAAACCGAAGGCGAGCUAGUACAAACCGCCAGCGGCCGAAAGUGCGCGAUGAAGAUAGGAAGAGGAUUGCUGUAGCGUUCGGUGCCCCCACUUACUAAUAGGAUCUGGGGGAAACAAGGAGCUAACAGAAAUCCAGAUGCGAUCAUUGCAAAACACGUAAAAUCAGAUGUGAGGAUUACCUCAAAAAGCCAUCCCUACGUUCAACAAUAGGGCAACCCUCCCAUACUAACUGGAAUCUAGGUACCGGGGAACAGCCAUGCCGGCAGUGCCAUAUUGCGAAUAUCCCUUGCACUUAUCCACCGGCCUCGGCCAAGAUCGUGAUCCCGGAAAUUUAUGUCGAAAAACUGCAAACGCGAAUUCUCGCACUUGAGAAGGCGCUUGUUGAGGGCAUACCGGACCAAAAUGUCCGUGAAGAACUUAUGAGUCGCCACGGAAUAAAGCUUCAAGGCCACACCACGCCUCCAGGCUCUUUUGCUGUUGGGCCAUCAUCGCCGCCCUGGCCAGGAAGCGGGAAUGUCGGGCACCGUAGCCCUACCACGCCGAACGAAGACUAUGGGGAAGAGGAUGAAGAAGGGCGGUUUCUGUCACAUCCAGAAAAUUAUUCCAGUAAGCCCCCAAAUCCGCUACCGGGGUCGAAGAGCGUUUAGGAACUCAUUUUUUCUUUUUCCUCUUCGCUGGUUGUAGGCUUCAUCGGAGACUGCGGAGGAGCUGCUUUUCUUGACAAAGUCCGAGACUUCAUCCGGUCCACCCUUCCUCUCAUACCCAGACAGCCUGGGUAUGUAAUUGGCCGAAGCUUUCCUGCUGACCCCAUGGAAUCGUUCUCCUCGGUGACAUCCUCAUACUACGGUCAUGAUAAUUUGCCUUUAUCAUUACCCGUCACAGAGCCUUAUGCCCUACCGCCAAAAGGGCAGGUGCUCCAAUGCUUAGAAAUCUUCUUGAAAUUUCAUGGCUGUGGCACAGCAAGCCAUCCUGUUGCUGGCGGUGGGAUAUUUCACUGGUUUAACCCAAGAAAAUUUUGCCUGGAUAUCGAGUCCUUGUAUUCUGGAGCGACCUACAGUGCAUCCGUAGGUGGGGGGGUGUCGUCAGUCGAUUAUACGACUCUCUGUACACUUAAUAUGGUUUUAGCUUUGGGUUGCCAGGCAGCGGCGAUUAGCUCAGGCGGUCCACCGAUCGAAGAGGGAUUAACUGGCCUGCCGCCUUCCUGGCGUCCGGUCCCUAGUUCGACAGCUGUUCCUCCACUAAUGGAAGGAUACGAUCCCACACGAGACCAUCCUGGAUCAUAUCCCCACACGAGUCCGAAUACUCAUCCGGGAAUGCCAUUUUUUUCGCGGGCCAAACUCCUCCUCGUGAAUCCAAUAGAAGAAGCCACUCUUCCGUAUCUCCGGGCAGUCACCCUAAUGGCAUUUUAUCUCUUGUCGGCUAGUAGGCGGGACGCUGCGUACAUGUAUGUAGGUCUCGCGGUUAGGAUGGCAGUAUCACACGGACUCCAUCGCACAUGGAGAAAAGGAGAAUGGGUCCAGGGAGGGGCAGGGCGCUAUAGCGGGGUUAGCUGUCGGGAUACUCCGCCACUCAACCCUAAUGAAGAUCUCGGAAAGAGAGUAGAAUAUGAAGAAGGCAAACGUGAAUUUUGGAACAUUUAUGUGCUUGACAGGUUGAACCCUAACCCUGAAACCUUUAUGUAAGGAGUUCUCCAGGGUGCCCGUAACUAACGCGAUCUGAUACUAGGAUAUUCAGUUGUUUCACGGGGAGACCGGUAAUGCUAUCGGACGACGAUAUUGAUCUAGAUCUCCCUGGGGAUGUUGUAAGAUUUUCUUUUUGAUAACGGUCACUUCAAAGUUUCUCACAUACAUCCAGGAUGAUUCGUUACCGUCAGGUGCCGGCCUUUCCGCCCACGUACGAUUGUGCAAGAUAAUAGGAGAUGUUGCGAGCAGUAAACCUCUUUCUUCAUUGCCAGCGCAUCAAAGAUAUCGAGUGCUGACUUGUGAACAUAGGGGUAUAUCGGAUCCGCAAGGGGCCCCCAGGACAGCCCGGGGAGAGACAAGACGUUAUUAAAACCAUCGAGAGGGUCCAUGAAGAGCUCAACACAUGGAGCGAGACUUUGCCGCCCGAGAUUAAAUUAGUGAACGGUGUUGCAAGGGAGCGCUCGGUUGUCCUCCUGCACCUACUGCACAACCAGGUAGUCUAUCCUGACCCCAUCCUCGUAAUACCAGCUAAGGGCCCGGGACAGAUGUACAUUGUGACGACUAGGCCAUCGUUGCUACUAGCGGCCAAGCAACGCACGGCUGCUCUCUGUCUCUCCUCCGACAAUAGCCCGAGCCUUCCUGCAUAUAUCGAGGAGCAUGUCAGUAUGUGUAUCAGUGCUGCACGAAGGAACAUGAUGCUAGCCAAGCAGCUCGAAGAAUCGGGAUGGAUCUCUCACCAUUCGUUCACAGACCACCAAUACAUCUUCAACGCUCUCGUAGUUUUGCUGCUAAACCGCUUGGUCCGAGAAGGAGGGCAAAAAGGCUCGUCGAUGGAGGGGACCGACGAGAUCCCCAUAAAUGAUGAGAAAGACAUCAACUUCGGCAUCCUGACCCUAUCCAGAUCUGGGGAAAGGGGUAACGAGACAGCCGCAGACAACGCCAAAAUAUCGUCGGAACUCGAAGCCGCUGUUUCUCGGAUAUUGGGCUCAAGACGUCAGGAGUCACCCGCAUCCCCGGCCCAGUAUUCGGAUCAUGCUGCUUCGAGCGUGGGACUCGUUUCCGACUAUGCGGUUAGGGACUAUGCAAACCCACAGUACCCAGCUCGGUUCAACCUAUCCCCCGCCCAAGCUGAUUCGGCAACCGAGGAAGUUUCCGCAUGGCUCCAAACGGGGCACUUCGACAGGUAA